GGUGAACUAUCCCUUUAAUUGGUCAGCCUGCUCGUUUUGUUCACUCAUUGUCAUGCAGUCAUCUUCUCCAAAAUCUUCAAUGGCACAUUUCGAUCAGAAAAUGUAUUCAAACACUUGUGACCCAUGAGCAAUUUUUGUGUGUACCUUCAUGCUGCCGGGGUAGAUUCCCGCAGUUAUGUCUGCUUUAAAACAAGCAACAACCCCAGUUAUUAUUUUCUGCGUUGUUUUUGUUUAAAAUGUAACUUUCUGUAUGACUCUAUUCCAUUUUAAAUGGGCGCUGUAAGCGGAACGUAUCGCACUGCGACGCCUCGGAAUUGUUUUGAUAUUCGAAACAGAAAGGGGGUGUGGGAUGCGCGCCGCAGGACGCAUGCUCGCUCUUCUCAUCCGGGUACCUGCAGCUGACUGUGUUGGUACGGAGGCGGGAAAUGGCGUCCAGAGGUGCGGGGAGGACAGAGGUGAACCUUGUCUGAAGAGACAAGAACAAGAACAGGCGUUAGACUGCGGCGGUAGUCGCUACAGCAACCGUGAAAUCGACUGUUAUCCAGCGACCCGAUCCCCCGGAGCUUCCUCCAUCUUACAUGUGACUCUACAAAAUGAGGCUGAGAAUGCGCAAGGCUUCUCAGCACCCAAACCUCGCUCGCAGGCCCCACCCGGCUCCGACCAAACGGAAGCACUCAGAGGUGGAGGAGUGCACAGGUGAAAGGACGGGCAUUCUGUCCAGCAUCAAGAAAAUCAUCCACGGAAGUUCCGUCAAGGUAGAACAGGAGAAUCCAGCGAAGCGGAAUCAUUUGAGCUGUGAGCUGAUCACCUCCACACCACAGAGGAACAACUUGCCUAGGAAACGCAUCUACAGAGCCCGUAGAAGCUGCUCCAAUGGAGAAACUACAAACCAUGACACGAGUAAGCCUGUCAAGCCUAAUGUGAAGUUUGAAAACUCUGAGGAGGUUGUGAGCAGCCCACCCCGCACCACCCUACUUGGAACCAUCUUCUCUCCUGUCUUUAACUUCUUCUCACCAGCAAAAAAUGAUUCUGCAGGCCAGGCAGUGGAGGCAGAAGAGAUUGUGAAGCAGUUGGAAAUUGAAAAAGUAGAAGAGUUACCAGCCAGUACUGCCACGUCUAGAGAGCCCAUGGGUGUCUCUCUCUACACCAGUGCCAGGCCCUCACCCCUAAGCCCUCCACCCUCCACUCACACAUCUGCAGCUGAUGUUGAAGACACCCCACACUCUGACCUGCCACCUCUCACAGGGCUGCCUACUUGCUUGAUGAGGGCUACACAGACAAGAAGAUUGUUGUGCUUACCUGGCAUCAUUUUGUCCUCUGUCUCAUGCUUUAUCUCAGCUCCUGGCUCUCCUCCUCCAACAGGGGGGUAUGUGGACUCCCCAAUGACUGUCCCAGCUGAAGGAUCAUAUGAGGAGGAGUGGGAAGUGUUCGACCCGUAUUUUUUCAUCAAACAUGUACCUCCGCUAACAGAUGAGCAGCUAACUCGCAAACCUGCGCUCCCUCUGAAGACUCGCAGCGCUCCCGAAUUCUCCCUGGUGCUUGACCUGGAUGAAACCCUUGUCCAUUGUAGCUUGAAUGAGCUGGAGGAUGCAGCACUAACCUUUCCUGUCCUCUUCCAAGAUGUAAUUUACCAGGUUUAUGUGCGAUUGAGGCCAUUCUUUAGAGAGUUUCUUGAACGCAUGUCUCAAAUUUAUGAGAUCAUUCUCUUCACUGCCUCCAAGAAAGUUUAUGCAGACAAGUUGCUGAAUAUUCUUGAUCCGAAGAAACAGCUGGUGCGGCACCGGUUAUUUCGUGAGCAUUGUGUCUGUGUACAAGGAAACUACAUCAAGGAUCUGAAUAUUCUUGGUCGGGAUCUGUCCAAGACCAUAAUUAUUGAUAACUCACCACAAGCCUUUGCUUAUCAGCUCUCCAAUGGAAUUCCUAUUGAGAGUUGGUUCAUGGACAAGAAUGACAAUGAGCUUCUGAAGCUGGUCCCUUUCUUGGAGAAGCUUGUUGAAUUGAAUGAGGAUGUGCGGCCACAUGUCCGUGAUCGGUUUCGGCUGCAUGAUCUCCUUCCCCCUGACUGAGCGCUCAUAGUGGGGCAAGACAUUAAUAAAGACAACAAAUGCAGAUAUGCUUUGGAUUACAACAUCAUUGCCAUUACUCUUAAAAUUAGCUUUUUUGUCCCACAUUUUCUUCACUAUGAUAACAUCAGAACAGAAAUGGCAAAUGUUUUUGACUCCUUUUUACCCUUUGUGCCCUCUAGCCUGAGGGUUUUGAAGUGGUUGUGUGGUAUCUUCAGUCAUUUCAUCCAGUACAAAGUGAAUGUGUAGCAGUCAGAAGAGAGGAGGAUCAUGCUGAUGUCUUUUGGUGCUCCAAUGGGAUUGGUUGACACUUGGGCUUUUGACCAAUUUCAACAGGAAUGGCCAGUAAGAAAAGCAUACUGUUUGACACAAGUUAGUUCCUUGCGAUUGAAUGAUCCCCCCCCAUUCGGUAUGCAUUCCUCUCCAUCUCUGUUUGUUUGUUUUGAUUGGUGUUGACUUCAAAAUAAUGGUUUCUCGACUCCUGGCUUGUUUUGUUUGCUAAAAAUGUGUUAAUUCUCAAAAUGAGCUUUGUGUAAAUUAGAAUAUUGUUCUAUUCUUGAACUGUGUGUUUGCUUUCAUAUAGCACAGUGGAAUCGUUCUUUUUCUAGAAGGUGUGACUGAAUUAGGAUGGUUUAAACCAUAGUGAUGGCUGUUUCAUAUCAAAUGUAUUUGCAGUGACUAAAUUCUUAAAUUGUUCGAAUGUUUACUUGCAUCAUCUUAGUAUUGUCUCUCCACAGAUUCUUACACUUUGUAAGAGCUAACAACAACAAAGAGAGCUUACAUUCAAAUACAUUCAAACAUUACAUUCAAAUUCAAAUACUAUAUCAGCUACUGUUACCUUUUUUAUAAUUUUGUAUUUUCUUAAAAUUGUUUUCAUACUUAGCCUGUGUAUUUUUUAUACUUUAGAUUUUUUUUUAUUAUUAUUACUGGUGUUAGAAAAAUAACCACAAAUGCAUUUUUUUUGUGCUAGAUUACAAACAAGUAUAUCCAUGUUAAAUAUUGGAGCUAAUGUAGCAUUACCCAGAGCUAAUCUAUUCUAACUGAACUGCAAAUGAGUGGAUAGAGGGUGGUAGCUUGGAAGGAGCCCUGUUUAAAUCACCAGCAUUACAACAGCAAGCCUUGUCGCUGUGGUUUAAACCUGACUGCCUUUAGUUCUGGCUUUUCUUCUAUACUGGGUUUCUGACAGGUUUUAGCUAUGUCAGGAAGUAUUUUGUGAGGUAAUCUUCUAGAUGAAUGAGUGUGUCUUAGUCUGGGGAAGAAUGAGAAUAUACUGCAAAGAUUUUUAUUUUUUUUAUUAUUAUUCUCUUCCACCCCUCUCAUGUUGCCUUUUAAUUCCACAGUUGUAGGUGAUACUUCAGAUUUAGUAAUACAGAGUAAGAGAUAAAACUACAAUAGUGUCAUUUAUGGUAAGUAAAGCGACGCUAGGCUAGUUGUAUUUCCCCCCUCUCAUUUUUUGCUGUAUGUCCCGCCAUGCAUUUCGUUUUGUUUUGGAAAUGAACAUGUUCACUUUCCUGCUCAUGCCUCUGGUGCCGUUUCUGCUCUUUGUGUGUACAGUGUGCUCUUUAUUACUGGGUCAUUAGUAGGGGUGUGACGAUACACUUAGCUCACGAGACGAGAAGAUACACAAUACUGGGUUCACGAGAACGAGACGAGAUGAUAUUUUAACACUAUAUACACUACCGGUCAAAAGUUUUGAAACACUCAUUCUUUAUUAUAAUUUUUUCUUCACAUUUUAGAAUAAAAGUAAAGUCAUUAAAACUAUGGAAUAACAUAAAUGGAAAUAUGGGAAUUUUGUCACUAAACAAAAUCCAAAUUAAAUCAAAACUGUGUUAUUUUAGCAUCUUCAGAGUACUCACCCUUCACCUAGAAUUUGCAGACAUGUACUCUUUACAUUUUCUCAACCAACUUCUUGAGGUAUCACCCUGGGAUGCUUUUUAAACAGUAUUGAAGGAGUUCCCAUCUAUGUUGGGCACUUAGUGGCUGCUUUUCUUUAUUAUUUGGUCCAAGUCAUCAAUUUCAAAAACUUUUUUUUUUUUUUUUUUAUUAAAUUUUAGUUUUAUAAUGAAAUAAAUUAAUAUGGUGGCAUAAUUAUAUUUUUGUCUACAAAACUAAUUUCAAACAUUUAAGCAUACGCCUUCAGAUCAAAAGAUUUUUAAGAUCAUGAGAAACAUUUCAGUCAAGUGUUUCAAAACUUUUGACCGGUAGUGUAUCUGACUGGAAAAAUGGUCCUUUAUUCAACUGAAAGUCACAAAAUGCAAAACAAUGCAGGUGCAUUUUGAAAUGUUUUAACUAAUCAUCUUGUAAUUAAUGUCACUUCAGUACUUUCUGAGUAUGAGUUAUCAUAUGCAGUAAAUAACAGAACAAUAUGCAAGCACUGUAAAAGUUUUUGCCACAAACUCAACUGACUGGCUUCUCUCCUUUAUGAUUUCACAUGAGUCUCUUCAGACAUGGUUGAUUUUAGUUGAGAGCUGCGGUGGUUCUGUAGGUGUCUUUGCAUCUUGCUUGUGUUAGCCGCGUUGUACGGCACUAUUUUCUUACAGUGCUUACAUAUUGACUGUCUCUCGUUUGGAAGGAUGCGUCCUCCGGAGGUCGCAUUUGUCGGCCGCAUACGUCAUCGAGCCUGUCUCGUUUCAUUUUUUUAAUAAAAAAAAUAAAAAAUUGAUUGGGAAUGCAAAAAAGGUUAACAAUUGUAUAAAUGUAAGUGCAUAUACAUUAAAGGCAUUGACAAUAGAUAAAAAAUAAGAAAAAGAAAGACGAAAAAAAAAAAUACGAGACAGGCUCGAUGAUGGAUGCGGCCGAUAAAUGCGACGUCCGGAGGACGCAUCCUUGCAAACGAGAGACAGCUUUUGUUCGUGUCUUGUCUCACUCUGUCGCCGUUUAUUGUUUAUCGCGAGAUCUCGUGGCACCCCUAGUCAUUAGUAAUAGACAAUCACUGAUUUCAUAAUUUGUCUACUUUGGAUUGUGACCAUGACACAGUAAUUUGUUGCUUUUUAUUUUUUUAUUUUAAUUUUGGCCUUUGGUUGAAGUGUCUUUCUAAAAAAAAGAUCUUCCUCUUGCUUUUAUGCAGUAGAAAAAAUGGUUGGGUCCAUUUAGUGCUUUUUAUAUGAAAUAAAAAAGAAAAUUAAAUGUUAAAAAAAAAAAUUAUUGGAAGGUGUUCAUACUGUAAUUUCCAAUAUCCCAUAAUACUUCCAAAUUAUUUGAGGAGAGGGGGCACUGUAUUUUUAGCAUGAAUUGGCAAUGGUUACACAAACUUUUUUUUAAAUGGUUAUACAUAGCAUAUGCCAACACAGUAUGUAAUACACAUGAGUAGCAUUUUAUUAGGGUAAAGUAUUCCUUAGAAAUCUUCAAAAGAUGUUAAAUUAAAGAACCGAUAGUUUCCCUAAUUCAAGAAUGAUAGCUCUGAUGUUGGGAGACGGGUUGCAACUACCUUUAGGGUCUGGCACUUUCUUGCAAAGAGAAUUAUUUUGUAUGAAUGUCAAAGAGCUUCAUGUUAUGAGUGUAAAGGAUGACGCAGAGGUUUGUUUCAUAUGAAAACCCACUUAUUGUAAUGUACAAAAUUAUUUUUUGUUGUUGUUUGUUUUUUGUAAAAUGCAUAUUGUACUAAAUACAUCCAGCUUCGUUGGAAAAAAAAAAAAGGAAAAUCUUUGUAAUUUUGAUUUUGUAUUCCAAAAGGCAUGUUAUAUCUAUUUUUAAAAUGUAUUCAUUUUCCAGUGUAUUAUUGCAGAUAUAACUUGACAACAGAUUAUUUUUUUUUUAUUGUCAUUACAUCUUUGUAUGUAGUUAACACAAUCACGAAACAUUCUUAGCAUGUAAAAAAGCCUGUCAUAUUACAAAGUUGAGAUUUUAAUCAAGGCACUUUUUUGCAGAUGAAUGUUUCAGGUUUGUUUUAUUUUCUUUUGUACUUCACAUUUCAAAAGCCAUAUGGCUUGCAAUUGUUCUGGAGCUGCAUUGGAGAAACACUCUAGGUCUAAAUGUCAUUUCCUGAAACGUGUUAUUUAAUAUUGUUCAUAUAAUUGAAAUGAAGUCUUUGGAAAAUUGCAUGCUCUUUUCUAUUAGUGUUGGCUUAUGUCAAAACAAAAUACUUAAGAACAGAUGGUUGUAUUUCAUGUAUCUUUCUGCUACUUCAUUUUACCAUCAAAAGGUGCUUAAUAUCAUGGACAUUUUAGGGUUAUGAUAAUGACUGCUAUCCAUUUUGUGAGAUUCUGUCAACACAAAUGGCAUCUAAUUGAUGCAUUGUGAUGCAACCUCAUAAAAGUGAACUGAAUGCCUUAAUGUAACUUGAUUGAGAGCAACCUACGAUUAAUGCAUCUAAAAGGAGCUAAACUCUUAAUCAAACUUUUAGUAUAAAAGUUCCUGGGGUUCCCACAGUCAAAGCCUGUAAAUAUCAAAGAAUUUUAAAUGUCAUGGAAAUCAAUAAAAUCUUUCAAAGUC